CCCAUGGGAGUAUCUUUUUGAUGAAAAGUUUUCCUCUCAUUGUGGAUAUGUAACAUCAUCUUUGAAGUUAACUGAAUUGUUAGAAGAGUAUGAGUGCGCAACAUCAUCUAGAUUUCGGUGUUUGAAAAGUGGAAAGCAGUUUGGAAAAUUAUUUGAAAUAUCAAGGGUAAGUGAUCCACAAGUAAGACUUUGGGAUACCCAAAGCAAUGCCGACCCCUACAUUAGGUAUGAUGGAAUUCCUUUUAUCAUCAUGGGCAAGAAAGUGCUUGAAUGUCAUCAGGGAUUUGACGGAGACAGCAAAAGUAAUCAAAGAAAAAUAAUGAGAUCACCUGAAUCUGACCAUACCUUCAGACGUAAGCGCCGAUUAGUACAGAACACCAAAAAGAAAGGAUGCCCUGUAAAGAUAAAAAUCCGCCACGUAGUGAAGUUUUUGAAUUACAAGGUGAAAGACCAACAUAAACCAAGUAGGAAGUUUGUACCAAGUGUUAAGAAGGAUUUAAAUGACUGUACAGGUGAAUUAGAAUUUCAACAUCGGUUCUAUGUCUCGUUUCCACCAGCAGAGGAUCAUAGGAAUCACUUGAAAGGAGCGGCAUCCAGCAUUUUGCAGCCAAUGGACAAGAGAAUUUCCAAUUAUAUUAAGAAAGUUGUGAAUGAACAUGGUGUCACAAGCACACUCAAAAUGAAACUGCUUAUUGAAGUCUUCUUGAAGCAGUCCAUCUUCCAAAAUUCUCCACUGCCACCUAAACACAACAAGAGAUUUUGGCCUUCAUUGAAAGACAUUUAUAAUCACAUGGCAACACAGUUUCUCAAACUAAGAGAUAGCAGUUUUGAUCAGAAAGAGGUUCAAGGAAUGAUUGAGGAUCAGAGGUCACUCCAUAAAGACGACAAUUACUAUUUAAGAAUUAAGACUGAUCAAGUACAAGAACAUCCUGUUAGUGGUGAUCCUGAUGAAAGGUUAUUUGUUGAUGAAGAUUUAUUCAUUGGAAAUUAUGGAAAGAGUGCUGAUGGAGUCAACAAAUUCCUCUACGUCCAUCAGACUGCUUGGCAAAGACAACUGCUAAGUAGAUAUGGAAACGAGAUUUGUCUUCUGGAUGCAACAUAUAGAACAACCAGAUACACCUUGCCUCUUUAUUUCCUAUGUGUGCCAACAAAUGUUAACUACAUGACUGUUGCCACAUUCAUAGUUGAAACAGAGGACAGUAUAUCCAUCCAGGAAGCCCUAUCUAUCAUAAAAUCAUGGAACCCAAACUGGAAGCCAGCAUAUUUUAUGUGUGACUAUGCAGAUGAAGAAAUAUCUUCUAUUGAAUCUGUUUUUCCAGAGUCCUUUGUCUACCUCUGUGAUUUCCAUCGAGAGCAGGCAUGGGAAAGAUGGCUUAAAGCCACUCACAAUGGUGUUGGAGAUAACAAAGAUGAAAUUUUAUCUUUGUUACGCUCUAUAGCAAGAUCAAAAACCAUUGAAGAGUUUGAAAUGUCAAGUAACAGAUUAAAGAAAAGUCACUUUUGGACAGAAAAUAACAGAUUCAGAAAAUGGUUUGAAGGCAGAUGGUUAAAUAAAUAUAAGAGAUGGGUGCAAGCUUUCCGACAGAAAAGAUAUAACACCUCUGUCAAUACCAACAAUGGCGCUGAGAGACAGAACAAGACCCUUAAAUAUGAAUUUCUUGAGGCAAAGAAAGCAAAGUCACUGUGUCAUCUUCUUACAAUUCUGUGGAAUGAUUUUCUUCAAGACAUUUACUAAAGAUAUGUGAAACUGAAUUUGCUAUCCGCAGAGGAAUCAAUGCAGUACAAUCCUGAUAUUCCCAUUUUUUUAAUUAAUCGUCCAAGAAAUGUUGUAAAGCACUGCUUUAAAAGAUGGGAAGAAGCAGGAAACAUUUAAUUAGAUGA